AUGGCCUGCUCCUUUCCUGCGGAUCCUCCUCCUCCAACAGCUGCAGCUGUGCCAAGGGCUCCUGCCAGUGCUCCAGCUGCGUUAACAAGGCCCACGCCUCCUCGUGCUCUUGCGGGGGCAGUGGGAGCAACUGCAACUGCGCCAACUCCGGCAAGGCUUGCAGCUGCUAAGCAUCUCGCACCCCAUUUCAUGCAAAGCCGGUUGGAGUGA